GUAGGUGCGCAGGCCGCCUGUCAGGACGCCACCGUCACGCAGGAGCUGCUGAAAGAGGGGUUUCACAGGGACCUGCUGGUGGAGGUGGAACUCGGCGGAGCGGAGCAGGCUGCAGCAGGAUGCACAGUGGCAGCUAGAACUCGCUUUCCGCCGGGAAUCUACGUGGAUCCCUACGAGCUGGCAGCGCUGCAGCAGCACAAUCUAACGAAGGCGGUGUUAAUUCCCGAUGUCGUCGAUGUGGAGGCUCCUGAGUACUUAGCCACAGGUCUUCUUGUUCUCCUGUCCAUGGAGCCCGACCCUCGGUGCUCUAGCUGUUUCCGAGCUGCCCUGCCCGUGCACGGGCGGUACCACCGGCCGGCGGAGGACAGCAAGGAAGCGGUGGUUGUUCUGAAGAGCCCAGAAGUGCUGGUCUGCUGCUGUGACAAUCCCCUCUCAGCAGAGUGCUGGGAGCCUGCUGAAGUGGAAGCUCCCUGUUCCGGCAAAUCCGGUGGUCCCUGUCAGUGGUAUGGCGUAACGCACCAACCGGCAUAUGAGGAAUUGAUUCUGCAGGUUCCAGUGGGCCUCAGGCAACACCGUUCCUUAGUGUGUGUCCUGACUCUCCUUGUCACGGCGCUCUGUUCCAGUAUGAUCCUUGCAGCUGUAUGCAAGUACGGACGCUUCUCCCCAGUGACCUGCUCAGAAUAA